CAUUCCGAAAUUCAAAUUUACUUUUUAUUUUUAACCGUUACGCAAGUGUCUUCCGUCUUUCCACUCUCUGGGAUAGGAGGGGGAAAAACAAAACUUCUUUCUUUUAACUGAGAAAUGGGCAGACCCAGCAAACGGGAGACCCGUGAGCUAGAAGACGACCCUAUUUCCACGGCAGGAGGGGAUCCCAUUACUCUCUUGUCGUCAAGAGCUAAAAAGACCAAAAAAGCACGGGUAAAUUCUGAGUUGUCGCUCGUCGGAAAACCCAUUCCGGCCGCUGAAGCACGUAAAAAUUGGCCGCUCCGCUACCAGUCCCAGAAUAAAGUGAAAGGGUCUGUCACUGGGACUGCUGAUGGGGAAUCAAGAGAAGCGGAGGAUUUAUUGCAAGCAAAAUACCACUAUAAACAAGCAACAGUGGAUGGUAUUCUAUAUAAUCUUGGAGAAGAUGCCUACGUCAAAGCUGACGAUGGCAGUCCCAAUUACAUUGCUAGAAUUGUGGAGUUGUUUGAAGCUGUUAAUGGAGAGCCAUAUUUUACUGCUCAGUGGUUUUAUAGAACUGAAGACACUGUUAUCAAGGACCAUGUACAACCUGCAGAAAGCAGACGGGUGUUUCUUUCAGAGAUUAAAGAUGACAACCCAUUAAAUUGCAUUGUCUCAAAAAUCAAAAUUGCUCUAGUCUCACCAAAUAUGGAUUUAGCAGCAAAGGAAAGAGAACUUCCACCUUGCGACCUGUAUUAUGAUAUGAAAUACACAUUGCCCUUUUUAACUUUUCAAACAGUGAAGACCGAUGAUGCUAGAAGAGAUAGUGGUUCAUCAUCAACUAUAUCAAGUGAGAGCGAUUCAAACAACAGUGUUAAUGAUGUUAAUGCUGCCAGUGAAAAAACUUCAAAGGUUCAUGGGUCUGAGAAGUCAGAGAUGCAUUUGUUGGACCUGUACUCAGGUUGUGGUGCUAUGUCAACUGGCCUUUUCAUGGGUGCUUCAUUGUCUGGUGUGAAACUAAUGACUAAAUGGGCUGUUGACAUAAAUCCUAAUGCAUGCAAAAGUUUGAAAAUGAACCACCCUGAAACUGAGGUGAGGAAUGAGGCAGCAGAAGACUUUUUGUCUCUAUUAAAAGAAUGGGAAAAGUUAUGUAGGAAAUUUUCAUCAUUUGGUUCUGAGGGACCUGCUGAGCAGAGUUCUAAUUCUGUAAGCAAUGAAGAAGAUGAAGAAGACGAAGAGGACCGAGAUAACGAUGGUGAUGAUGACUCUGAAGUUCCUUCUGGAGAAUUUGAAGUGCAUAAGCUAUUAGCAGUUUGUUUUGGUGAUCCUAACAAAGUCAGGAAACGAGGGUUAUAUUUUAAGGUGCGUUGGAAGGGUUAUGGUCCGAGUGAGGAUACUUGGGAGCCUAUUGAGGGCUUGAGUAAAUGCAAAGACAAAUUGAAGGAGUUUGUGACAAAAGGUUAUCAGUCAAACAUCUUGCCUCUUCCUGGUGAUGCUGAUUUCAUAUGUGGAGGCCCCCCAUGUCAGGGGAUCAGUGGCUUUAACCGGUUUAGAAAUUCAAAUGCUCCCUUGGAUGAUCCCAAGAACCAUCAACUGGUGGUGUACAUGGAUAUUGUUGAGUAUUUAAAGCCUAAGUAUGUCCUCAUGGAAAAUGUUGUAGAUAUUUUAAGGUUUGCUGGUGGCUUCCUGGGGCGUUAUGCCCUUGGUCGUCUUAUUAAUAUGAACUAUCAAGCUCGACUAGGAAUAAUGGCUGCAGGAUCAUAUGGUCUGCCACAAUUUCGAAUGCGGGUCUUCUUGUGGGGUUCUCAUCCAUUGGAGAGCUUGCCCCAGUAUCCAUUACCGACACAUGAAGUUGUUGCAAAAGGAGGCAUUCCAAAUGAAUUUGAGGAAAUUGCUGUUGCCUAUGACAAAAACCAUCCUUGUAAAUUGGAAAAGGCUCUUUAUCUAGCAGAUGCAAUAUCGGAUCUUCCGCAAGUGACAAAUGAUGAGAGUCAAGAUGAAAGAAAGUAUGGGACAACUGCACGAACAGAGUUUCAAAGAUACAUCAGAUUGAAAAGAAAUGACCUAGUAGGUUAUACAACUGCUGCUGCUCAAAAUGUAUCAUGUCCUCGGAAGUUGUAUGAUCAUCGACCUUUAAAUUUGAACAUUGAUGAUUAUCAACGAGUGUGCCGCAUUCCAAAGAAGAAGGGUGCAAAUUUCAGGGAUCUACCCGGUGUCUUGGUUGGUUCAGAUAACAAGGUGGAAUGGGACCCAUCAAUAGAAAGAGUAAUGCUUCCAUCCGGCAAGCCCUUGGUUCCUGAUUAUGCAAUGUCAUUUGUUCGUGGGACUUCUCAAAAGCCUUUUGGUCGUUUGUGGUGGGAUGAAGUUGUUGCCACUGUUGUGACAAGGGCAGAACCUCACAAUCAGGUGGUUCUUCAUCCUGUGCAAGAUCGAGUACUCACAAUUCGUGAAAAUGCAAGAUUACAAGGUUUCCCCGACUGCUAUCAGUUAUAUGGACCUGUGAAGGAGAGGUCAGCGUUUCUUGUAUACAUAGGCUCAUCCUCAAGUUUGUUUGGUACAUACAAGUUGGCAAUGCUGUUGCUGUUCCAGUUGCUAUUGCACUGGGAUACAGUUUUGGAUUUGCAUGCAAAGGAUUUUCUGAUAACAAGCCUCUGAUUACCCUAACCUUUAAGUUCCCAAAUUGCCUUCAACGAUCAUCUUCGAUGCAAAUGGAAGAUGAUUCUGAUUGAUUGGUGGAAAUAAUAAUUUAUAUUUAAAAAAAAAAUACAUUAUUUGCAGCAAUUCAACAACUAGAUACUGAAAAGAGCAACAUUUCUAUAUUAUAGGAGUUGUAGGGAAGCUAUGUAUUGAACAACAUGAUGUCUUAUUCAACUGUUAAAAGACAAUUUUCAUCUUAUUUUUGCUACCAUUUCAGUUUAUUAUUUCUGUAAUUCAUUAAGUAUCAAUUUUUAAAGAUGUUUAGAUA